ACAAAACACUAUUGUUCACGAACGCCGGCAAGUGAAUUUAUCAUAGUACUGUUAUUGCACGGAAUCUUGGUCUAAACUUUGUUACGUACGUUGAAUAGGUAUGGUGCCGUUCAAGGAGCACUUCUUAAAGCCCGAAAGCGCACCGUUCAAGUCUGCGACGUCGUUGCAAAAAGUCAUUCGAGCUGGAGGCAAACAUAACGAUUUGGAUAACGUGGGAUAUACAAGUCGACAUCAUACGUUUUUUGAAAUGCUUGGCAACUUCUCAUUCGGUCGAUAUGAUAAAGCUCAGGCUAUCAAGUAUGCUUGGGACUUUUUACGCAACGAGUUAGAGAUGCCUGUUGAUCGCCUGCGCGUCACGGUUCUCAAUUCAGACAAGGAGUCUUAUGAUAUAUGGAAGAAUGUUAUUGGUUUACCUGAAGAUCGAAUUAUUCCCUUGACAGAGGAAGACAAUUUUUGGUCUAUGGGAGACGGCGAGGGUCCAUGUGGUCCGUGCUCUGAGAUUUUUUGGGAUACAAGGGAUAUGGAUGCGUCUGAUGAUGAGCGAUGGCUCGAAGUAUGGAAUUUGGUAUUCAUGCAGAAUUUCCGACAUGCUGAUGGCACCCUGUCAUCGCUUCCUACACUUUGUAUCGAUACCGGCAUGGGUUUAGAGCGUAUGGCAAGAGUGCUUCAGUCGAAGCAAAAUACUUUCCAGAUUGAUCAAUUCCAAACCCUGGUUGGUGGCAUUAGGGACUUGUUGAAAUCUGAGAACUUGCCAAACACUAAUGAUGAAGACCCCAGUGUUCAUGAAAAAAUUAUUGCCGAUCAUUUGAGGUCGAUGUCAUUCAUGAUUGGAGAUGGCAUUAUUCCAAGCAAUGUUGGUCGAGGCUAUGUUUUACGACGCAUUAUCCGCAGAGCCCUUCGCUCUGGCCGACAACUUGGCUUCAAAGAGCCGUUUUUGACCAGAUUGUAUCCGUAUUUAACGGCUAAUUUUGGCACGGAAUGGUAUCCAGAAUUAAGUGCCAGAGCUGAAACAAUUCAGAACAUCAUUCAGAGCGAAGAGACGAUUUUCUUCGCCACACUGGAAAAAGGACUUGGUCUGCUUGAGUCUGUUUUCGAACAGCCUAAAUUACAAAACCAAAAAGAGAUUCCAGCAGAGACUGCGUUCAAACUGUAUGACACCUAUGGGUUUCCUCUUGAUCUGACGGUUAUCAUUGCUGCCGAGAGAGGCUGGCAUGUUGAUCUUCAAGAGGUUGAGAAGCUACAAGACAAACAACGUUCUCAAGGAAGAGAAUCAUGGAAAGGAGGUGAUAAUCUUGCGAAAGGUCGACUUUCUGAAUGGAGAAAUCAGCAAAUAUUCCCAGAGUUCACUGGAUACGAUCACAGUCUUUUACACCAAGAAUCACAAAUAGUGGCUGUUGAUGUCGAUACCAAGGCCAAAACCCCUCAGGUUUUAUUGUCUAUCGACCCUUGUCCAUUCUAUGGUAUGGGUGGUGGUCAGGUACCGGACGCCGGAUCGAUUACACUGGCCAAUGGGCAAGAGUGGGAUGUUGUUGAUGUGUUUCAACCUUAUGAAGGAGGUCUGGCUAUGCGUAUCCAGCCCAAGACCAACACCACUUUCAGUCAACAGCUACUUCAAGAUGAAGAAUUUUUGAAAGUCGGCAAUUUGGUUAAAACUAACGUGGAUGUACGUUUGCGACAAGGUGCAGAGAUUCACCACACAGCCACGCACCUUCUUAACGCUGGACUCCGCCGAAUACUUCAAGCUGAUGUUGUUCAAGCAGGUUCCGCUGUGGAACCUGCUAGAUUGCGCUUUGACUUCACGUAUGGCAAACCCGUGUCUUCUAAGCAGUUACAGCAAAUUGAAGAUUGGAUCAAUGAGGUUGCUUUGACCGACGCAAAAACCAAGACUCGCCAUUUUCCAUUGCAAAAGGCUAUCGACGCUGGUGCCAUUGCAGUGUUUUCCGAAAAAUACAGUGACCUCGUCCGCGUGGUUGAGGUUCCAGAAGUGACCAAAGAGUUAUGUGGAGGAACGCACGUAACCAGUUUACGCCAAUUAUACCCUUUCAAAAUAGUCAGCGAGAGUUCUGUAGCGGCUGGCACCCGACGCAUUGAAGCCAUUGCGGGCCCUGCCUGUAUCGAGUGGUAUAGAAACGAAUACAGGUUCAUUCCACCGGUCCUUAACGCUGUUCGAGCCAACUCGUCCUCUGAACUGGGUCCCAAAGUGGACAAGCUGUCGACGCAGCUACGCGAUACCCAGCGCCAGCUGUCUCAUGUCACUGACAAGCUUGCUCAGGCUGACCCCGGCCUUCCUGUUCUUUCCACGCUCUACAAAGAUCACAAAGUCAAAGUUCAUCAAAUUGAUGCAUCGCUGGAUGGUGGGUUUAUGCUUCAACGUGCCAACUAUUUGAAGGAACACCAGAACGAGGAUAUCCAUGUGCUUGUCAGCAAUCAUACCGUGAUGGUAGCUGUGAAUCCAAAGUCUGUGCGCGAUGUUACAGCGCAAAACGUAAGUUUAACACUUUAAAAAGGGGGAUAGCAAAUGGCCUAUAGUAGCUCAACAUUCCGUUCCUUCUAUUUUGAUUUAAGGUAUUGAAACAAGUGUUGACAAAUAUCAAUGGUAAAGGGGGUGGCAAGAAUGAACUCGCGCAGGCGCGACUCCUAGACAACAAGCUAGAGCAAAGUGAACUGCAAGCCAAGGUGAUUGAAUCGCUGGGGAAGUAGAGUGGCACUAUGAAGCCCUUCAGUUAUUUGUUGCCUUUAUGUGUUACUGGGCUUUUUUUAUUAGCACUGCACAUUUUAAAACGCUACAUGGAAGAAUAAAUCAUAGUAAAUAUUACAUCAACUGCAGUGCUAACA